UCAAACACAGUAAUUCUGGAAGUUGAUGGUCAGUAUGUUACGCGUUUGUUUCACGAAUAGUGUGAGCGCCUUAUCGUUGAUUUGUGAUAAGAGAAAUGUUAAACAUUCGCCUGAUUGUGACGAUAUGCUGCCAAAUUUGGGUCUUGUGUCAAGCUGAUACCUUCAAUGAACCACUAGCUCAUGUAGGAUUGGAUUACAUAGCUGAUUCUGAAUUUUCUUAUAACGAUCCAUCAGAGUGGAAAGUGAAAUAUCCAGUUUGUGAUGGAAUCAAUCAGAGUCCCAUUGAUAUUGUUCCUGGAAAGUGCGAAAAACUGCCCAAGAAAAGAAGUUUGACAGUCAGAAAUGAGGACUAUCGUCCUGAAAGUGUUGAGCUGAUAAAUGAUCACUACACAGUGAAGUACCUCCUCACGUGGCAUGAAAAUAAAUAUCCAUCUAUUUCCGGGUACUUUCUGGGGAAUAGUGAAUACAUUCCGCGAGAUAUUCACUUCCACUGGGGCAGAAAUGAUACCCAAGGAUCUGAGCAUUCCAUCAAUUCCAGAAAAUAUUCCCUGGAAAUGCACAUUGUCUGCUACAAUUCAAAAUACGGAAGCGUAGCUGAGGCUAAAUUCUUCAAAGACGGGAUUUUAGUUAUAGGUCAGCUUUUCCAAGUGAAAAACUACGCUCCGAGCUAUUUCUUUCUGGACUUCCUGCCCAGAGUCAGUAGAAGUAGGAGUAAAAUUGUUCUGGAAGAAAAGCUCUGUGCCUUCAAUUUAGGCGAGUUUCUCAAUGUGGAUGCCUUGAGAAAGGGAUCUUUUGUGGUUUACAAUGGAAGUUUUACAACUCCUCCGUGUUACGAGGAUGUCACUUGGGUCAUUCCUUUGAAAGUGAACUCGAUAGACAAGCGGAAAAUGAACUUCUUCAGGGAGAUUCAAGGACUCGAUGGACGCCUUGUGGAUAACUAUCGUCCCAUUCAGCCCAUAAAUACUCGAAAGUGCCUUGUUGGUUGAUAUCAAUGUGAUGUAAAGCUUUAUUUAUUGGUAGAAAUAAAUGGUUUAUUUUUGAUCCU